UUCCGCAGAUGUCCAUGUAAUGUUUAUCAACAGCUGCUUGUGUCAUGUCGUUUAGCUGUUGUUGAUUUAUGCAGAACAAUGCGUCAGCAGACAACUCAACUGGUUUGAACAACAGAGUGACAAAAUGCGUGUGAAAGCGAAGUCUGAGGGGAGAGGAGUGUGUUGCGUCACAACAACAACAACAUCAACAACUUUUGACAGUUCACCUGAACACGAGGAGUAGAACGUUCCAACAUGGCCGUCCCUAUGUAUAUAGUGAAGCACAUUGUUCAGACACACAGAAAAUUUACCAUUGCCUUUGGUAGUCUUCUUUUGUGCUCGCUGGUGUUUUUCAGAUAUAUCAACAUUCUUCUUCUGGCCUGGUCGUUCGUUGUUGGCGUAGCUGUGGCAUACUGCUGUCUGAGCCCUGAAAUGUUGGUACCAAAUAUCAUCCUAUUACACUGGAGGAAACGGACAUUGAGCUUGGCAGAAGAUGAAUUGGCUUUGAGAAAAGUUAUAUGUGCAGUUUGUGGUAAACGGAAAUGUCCCAGACACAGACCAGAGCUGAACAUUUUAGCAUUUCAGCCCUGGACCAAUCUGGAGCUUCCACAGAGAGUGGAUCAGGCAUUGGAGGAGUUUUUAAACAUAGUUUUAAAAGAAUUUGUCUACACAUGGUACAGAGAAGUGAGUGCGGAUGAAGAAUUUGUUGAUGAAUUAAAGAGCAGUAUACGAUUCAUUGUUGCUGUUUUGCUAAGAAGGGCGAAAAAGAUAGAUGUGCCUCGCCUGGUGACUCAAAAAUUAAUCAAGGCUGGAUUACAGCACCUUGAUUUUUACCUGAGAGCCAAGAGAACAGCAGUACCAGGGUGUGACCUCCAGCAGCUCACCCUAGAACAUUAUGGCCCUCACCUUCACUGUGCCAUGAAGAACAGGAAGAUAGAAGUGGAGUACCUACGAAGACUGGCUGAGCAACUCUUCCCACAUAUACUCAGGCCACAGUCACUAGAAUGCAGGAGCCUUUGUGCUUUGGCCAGAGAGAUUCUAUCAGGCUCUAUCCUCUUACCAGCCAUGGAUGCUAUAGCAGAUCCGGACAUGGUAAACAACAUGCUUCUGAUAUUUCUUGAUGACACACCGCCUCCACAGCCAACGGAACCAGUUUCCCCAAGUGUCACAAUUCUGUCCAAUUUCAGCAAGCCGCUCUCCAUGAAUAAAUCAUGUCUGCACAUGGAGCUGAAAGAUGUGAUUGACAGAUCCAACGCGCAGCUCCUCUAUGCCUUUAUGCAGUUCCUCAAAAGUGAGGCGGCCAUCAAUGUCCUGCAGUUCUGUUUUCAGUGUGAGGAUUUUAACAAUCGUAUCUUAACCCCUGACCUGUCGAGUGAAGAGCUGGCCGAGCUCCACUCUAUGGCCACAGACCUGUACAAAAACUACUGCUCACCGGACGCUGUUGACGGCAUCAAAUUUGAGGAAGACCUUGUUAAUGAUCUGGCUAACAUUAUUCACGGUCCCAAAGAACAGAUUGUGAAGCUCAGAACCACCACCUGCCUGUUCAGAGCCUAUGAGCAUGCCUACAGUUUACUAGAGACUACAUUCCUGCCCUUAUUCCAUCAGAGUGACCAUUACUAUGCCAUGGUGUGUGGAAGCAGAACACCAUCAUCUCUCAGCAAAAGUGCUUCAAAUUCUUUCAUGAGCACCAAAUCUCACUCCAAUCAUCAUAGUGUGAUUCAUCUACCUCCUUCUGUAAUUAACACAAGACAGUUAAAGAAAAAGGAAUCUGGUUUAUCAAAUUUUGGGAACAAAUUAAAAGGAGUCUUCAGGGUGAAUUCUGAGGAUAACCUAAAUCUUAUAGAUGAUUUUGACACAAGAACCAUUGCCUCCACAGGCUCCCUGGAGGAUGAGAUCCCUGACAGUAUGUUUGAGGAGACUAUGGUGUAUGAUGACAGCCCAGUGCGGGACCUCAGUGCCUGGAGGGUCACCAUCCCCCGAAUAGGGGCCAGGCCUGACCCGGAUAACAUGAAGAAACAGUUCUUUGUCUACAUCAUAGAUGUACGGCGGAUAGACACAGGGGAGGAUGAUCUUACACAGAAGAAUAACUGGAUAGUGGCCAGAAGGUACAAUGAAUUUUACGUAUUGGACCAGAAACUGAAAGAAUUUCAUGCUGGAGUCUGGGCUGACUGCAGUUUACCGCCAAAGAAAUCAUUUGGAACCAAAAAUCAGGAUUUUAUGGAGGAAAAACGAGAUGCCUUAGAACAGUACUUACAAAAAUUGCUGUCAAAACCAACACUAAAGGGGAGUGAACUCUUGCACAACUUCCUUGCCUCUGAGCGAGAGUUCUCUGCUGGUUUUUUAACAGACAUCAAAUUAGGUAAAAUGUUCCGCUCUGUUCCUAUGAAGUUAGUAAAAGAGAAAGGCCAGCAUUUAGAACCAUUUUUGGUGUCCCUGGUACAGUCUACAGAAGCUCCCAAACCCAGGCCGAGUAAGAUGGAGAGAAGAGGUUCUGAUGCCUCCUCAACCUCACUCAGAUCCACAAACAGUGAGAAGAGUUGCAGCACAAUCUUUGAAAACAACGCAAACAUCAGUCAUGACAUCGACCUCCCGGGCAAGGAUACAGACCUCCCAGUAGAAGACAUGGAUGGGGUCUUUGAUGCCAUCAUUUAUAUUGCUCGAUACCUUUACAGUGUGCCUGAGUGGUUCCACCACUGUCUUAUAACUGCUCGUAUUGUCUUCAAAAACACCCUGGAGAGCUAUGUUGAUUGGUACAUUGGCAGCAGGGUAGAUCAGGUCACUCAGGAGCACCGUCUGAUACAGUUCAUCCAUUUGCUCAGAGAUGUGCUGUUCUUUGACACAGAUCCUCCAAGGACAGAGGAGCAGAAAAAACAACGACUACAGCAAACAUUACAAGAAUCUAAAGACUUCAUUCCAAAACCAUUUGUCAAAGUUAUUGGUGAAGACAAACUCCACGAAGGGACUCAGGUGUUAAUUGAUGCACUUCAGUGUCCUAAACUCAACAAACAGCUUUCAUAUAUGCUGUUGGAUAUUGUAAUGUUGGAGUUAUUUCCUGAGCUAGGACAGUCUCUGGAAGUGGAUGCAGAGAUGGAGUGAUGAAGUUCUCUCCCUUGAUUUUGUUCUCUUGCUGGAUUAGACAGAUCAACAUCAUCUUUUACAUGGACAUGCAUAUGUAUAUAUUUAAGGAACUUAAUGAGUAUUAUCAUGAGUGUGGCUGUACGAUCAUGCAAAGGAUCCAAUUGACAAGGUUAUUUUGUAUUCGUCAGAAAUUACUUUCAAACUUACUUGCAUGUGUGCAUUUUGCUAUGUUAAGUUCAACAAAAUUCUAGUCAUUUUCCUGUAAGUGUUUGUUACAGAUAUUGUUAAUGACAGUUAUUACAUUGUACUUGUAGAAGUAUUUGGAAUUAAGUGUCAUUGAAUGUGGCGCCUCUUAAAACUCUGCCUCUAAGAAAUGAUUUCAUUUUUGAAGCAGAUGUGAAUAUAUUAAUUGUUGUAUGACUUUUGUCAAUAAGCUGCACAGUUGUAUUCGAAUAUUUACUCCAAAAUUAUGCUGUGUAAAGAUGCUCUAUGAAAUUUCAUAUUUUUUGAGCGCAAUUCCCAAAUCUAUACAGAAGUAAUUUUACCUCAGCACAGUGUUCUUAUUUAAUGUCCUUUUGGUAAAUUUGUUAAUACAUGUAUUAUGAAAUGGUUGCAUUCUCAAAUAUCUUCAUGCACAAAUAAUUAAACACUGUUGCAAGCCUUAGAUGUAUUUAUUUGUUGGGAUUUUGUUGACAUAUUGUACAUACAUGUAGAUGUAUUGAGUAUGUAAAAGAGCCAGAGUGAUACAUAUUCCUAUAUUGCUGAGAAAGAAUCAACAUGUACACAGAGGAUACAAUAAUUUGUAAAUAAUGUGUCUGUCCAUAUUCUAGGUUAAAUGCUGUAAACAUCCAUCCAGAUUGUUGCCCAAGAUGUGAUAUUGUAACAUUUUCAUAUGUUUACACAAGUUAAGUUUUUUCUGUGUGCAUGUAUUUGUUGACUUGUUCCAUUUAUUUUAAUGGCUUUAGCUUCACAAUUUUGAGACUGGGCACAUUCCAUUCAUCAGUUACCUUAUCAAUAGAUCAGUAGAUAUCAAACAGAUCCUUCUGCUGAAGUAUCAAACAACUUCAUAUCAACAAUUUUAAGUUUUUAAGCUUCUGAGAUAUUUAGUGAGAAAAUCCAUCUGCUGGUUUUGAUUUGUCUGCUGUAGGUCUCCCUAGGAUUGAUAAGUCACUGUAACCAUGUAAUAUUUAGAUGGACAUAAGCUACACUUUUAUCUUAACUUCAUAUACUGUAAAACUGCUCUGCUACUGUAUAUAGAUGAAUUUUGUGAUAAAUUUGGUUGUAUGGAUUUAAUGGAAUGGGCCACUUGCUGUCUGGUCUUGGGGGGAAAUAGAGAUGGAAUUAUGUCAUUUACAUGAAAUCGAAAAAAAAUGUAGAGCUGUUCUCUACUGUAGUUACUUUAUAAUUUUGUAUGUAAUUAAACAAGAGAGGUUGUAAAGUAUAUCCAGCUUUUUGAUGGGGCAUGCUAUGGUUGUCAAUGAAAGAAACAGUAAGGUGGGGCAGUGUGAAAAUCAUGAAACCAACUUUCUCCAUGAGAUGUGUAUGGUUCGAUAUUGGGUACAUUCCAUUUGUUUCCCAUUUGUUAAAUCUGAUAGCAUGUAUAAGCUCAGGCUAACCAAACAUAACGUCUGUCUAUUGAAACUCAUGGAAAUUUAAAUUUUUUUAGUCUUUUUUUUGGCAUGUACAUUUAGGCUUAUUAGUAAUAAGUCGUCAAAGGCCGUUGAUUUCUGGGCAGAUUAACGGUAAUAUGUGAGAUUUGUGUUAAUAUAGCAGUUUAAAUAGGAUGUUAUAUUUCAUUACCUUGGUCCAAUCAAAGGUUAACAAAAUAGUGCACCAGGUUACAAAGUGUAUGUCAUAAGCGGUUGUAUGGUACUACACAUUACUAUAUAAUGUGUAUAUAAAUUUGACAUAAAUACGUCACAUAAUGCAUCUAAAUUUUGCAUUAUGUGACAUAUUUUUUGGGAAUGGCUCUUCCAGUGUGCUAUGACUAAGUUUGAUACGUCGAUAUGAGUAUAUGUAUAUGUAAGGCCUGUUUCGUUUUCAAAGGGAGGUAACUACAUCAUACUUAACGUUCAACAGGGGCACCUGUAAAUCCAUCAGUGAUAACUAUAAUAACAUAAAACUAAUUGUGCAACAUACCCAUUAUAGUUCAUGCACAAUCAUUAGUAACAACAACAAAGUUCAAAAUCAAGUUUUAUUCCUGCUAUUAAUUCAGGUCAACCAGAAUACCGUACAAAAUCUAGGUUUGGAUUUUCUAUUUGCUGUCAAUUUGUUUAUAAUGUAUUCAGUGCACCCUUGAUAGCAAAUUCCUAGCUGUAUCCACUGUACAAAUAUACUGACCAAAACUGCUGUCAGAAAUUAGUGUGUAUGAUUUGUUAACUGUGCAGUAAAUAAGUACAGUUCAUUUCAGCCAUUUUCAGUGAAUGCUUGGUUAUUCACACAAUCAUUGCACCAGCAACAGCCCACUCUAUCAUGCUGCUGUUGGUGGUCUGAACUCUUAUCUUACCAUGGAACAUUUGAUUGGGAGUCUACACUGUACUGAAGAAUAAUCCUUUCUUUCUUUAUGGGUUGAGGAUACCUACAAUCUUCCCUAGGUAAAUGCUGAAUCGCCCUCCCUAUCUCAAACCAGUAGCAAAGGCACAGUCUCAUGGUUCAAGUACCUCUAGUGUACAGUAAGUAAUCCCUCAGACAAUACAGCUGUAAAGUUUAGGAAUUCAAAGCAAUGUACUGUGCAGUUUGGAUUGGAGACCGUUAAUGAAGCAUCUCAUGAGCACAUCUUCAGUAGCACAUUUUCAGUACCUGGUGCCUGUAUUUGCUCAGGUAACCUGCAUUAACAUGUCUCCAUCUGGAGUAGGAAUAUCGUGCACAGCCAACAUGAUGUGAACAUGUACUCAGAUGUAGUCGAUAGAAUGGAAAGGGAAUCUUCUUCCGAUUGGCUGAUUUCAGACUUUUUUGUUUAAAAUGUGAAAAACAAAAAGCAACAGACUUCAUAUGACCUGGUGAUAGCUGAUGUAAUUUGGAGGUAGGGUGAGGUAUUUUCAGACUUUCUUGUGUAACUUCAGACUUACUUCUGACAAUCACUUCCCAUGCCUGUAAUUAAGGAAUACUGCACAUCCUAUUUUUUUUUUUUUUCACAUUUGACAGUGUCAAGACUACAUGACACUUUAGGUGUGUUAGAUAUGGUCUUCACACUGAUGUGAAGAUCUACGAAAUACCAGUACUCGGCACCAAGUAAUUGUAUUCCUGUAAGAAUCACCCCUGCCAUACUCAAUGCUGAAGUAAUACUCUUAGAAAUAAAUUUACCAGCUGCAACACCAAAUCCAAGAACAUCAAUUUUUUCAAAUUAAUAUCUCUUCAAAUUUAUAUGUCUUAUACUGACUCACUGAAAGGAGUAUUACGUGUAGCUGUGCUAUCUUUCAAUGAUUAAAGUAAAUAUGAUCAACACUAACUGUCUGAGAGUCUGUUAUUUGUCUACUAUAUAUGGUGACAUUUGUAAAUGAAAACUUCACAACACACGUUAGCUUGCCCUAUGGACCUGGGAUCACUGCCGCAAAUUUGAAUCAUACACAAUUUUUGGAACUGCUAUGCUGUUUUAUUCAGAGAACUAUAUCACGGUUUAAACUUCUAGAGUCAUUUAUU